AUGAGCUGGCAAACUGAAGAAGUCGCAAGCAACACCCAGGCCGGGUGGAUAGGAUCUUUCUAAGUGUGUUGUCCUCCGUCUCGGGUGCUGCUCAUUGCGCUUUUGCCGCUGCUCUAUGGUGAGCUACACGAACUCAACAUGUUGUGUGCCGAGCAAAGCGUGUAUUCAGGGAAGGAAGGAAACGUACUUUUUGCGAUGACAUCACGAAUAAAUAGAACAAGCGAAAGAAAGCCGGGUUUUCUUGUCACCGUUCCGUGGAAAAUUUCACUACUUUUCCGAAGCGUUAAGAACCACCCAUGGGGUAUACCCACGCCAUUCUCGGACAAAAGUGGGUUCUCGAAAAUCCAGCGAGCGCGCCCUUCUCCAUAUAGCGUCCCCCAAACGACUCAAAACCCUUUCUGACCCCUGGGCGACACAGCUUGGGACCAUACACAAAACGGGCAUCGGUUUUUUCCCAGAUUCAGGCACACCUUCGACCCUAGUACCGCCGAGGUGCGCAUGACCUCACCCACCAGAGUGCCCACUUCUGCCCGAGAUCGCGGUGGGUAUAAUACGGUCGCCCCGGUGGUCUAGUGUGGGUAACCUCGCAGCCUGCUAAGGGCCAGGUCAUGGGUUCGAGUCCCGGCAGAGUGAGUUUUUUUCUUACUCAAUAAAUCCUGGUCUAGGAUGAAAGCGACGCGGUGCAAAGCUCGUUGUUAGUAAACCAUAAUCGAUUUCGUAAGUCGCGAGUGAAGGGAUUGCUGUACCCUUCUCGCGAUAAAAAUAAUAGAGGAGUGGCCAAAAUCGGGUACACCCGGCCCCAAUCCGGCCAUUAUCGGGUACCUACCUUGUUUUACACAGUCGGCAGCGCCCUCCUGGCGCCAUCUGAUUGGCCGACGCCCGCCCCUACCCGGCCCUGACCCUAUUCCCACCGGGUGCACCCGAUUUUGGCUACUCGCCCCCCGGAGGGGUACCCCAUCAUACUUUCGCCUACCCGAAAGUGGCUGGGCUCUAUUCGACCAACAGACCACCAGCAGACCACGCUCACGAACACACGUCACGAACACCCAGCACUCGAGUUCCGACGCUUCCGACGGUGGGCGGAGGCGGACCUAACACGGCUAACGCGGCGGAACUCUCGUUUGAAGUGGAUCUCUCUCUUCCAAGACUCCUCCUGCAACCCACCGCCGACGGCGGAACUAUGUCGGUUCUCGUUUCGUAUCGGAGAGGGAGGAGAGAGAGGGCCAGGCGGGCGGCGGUGGAUGAAUACCUCUCAACACCUCACGUGAUCACUUGAGCUGCACACAAAUACAUGACGCAGCUCAGAUAUGUCCACGGAAUCAUCAGGCACAGAAGCAUCAGGAUGUCGCUUUCGUCUGAAUACAUGUAUAGACACAUCAAGACCGGAGAUGUAUGGCACGUUGUUGUGUACGCAGAGGGUCGUUCGUACACAGCAAUGCAAG